AUUUGGCCAUGUAUUAUAUUUUUCCAGAUAUAGAUGAAUGUGAGAACCCAAAACAACAUGGUUGCUAUGGAAUCUGCACAAAUUUCCCAGGAGGUUUUCAAUGCCAAUGUCCUAAUGGGACCUAUGGAAUUCCUUCCACAAAUGACGGGUGUGCUACAAUCAUAAGGAAGAAUUCCUUCACAGGCCUGAGCAUUGGGCUAGGAGUAGGUGGUGGAACCACUCUUUUGCUAGUGCUAAGUGCUCCCUUCAUAUCACGUAAAUUCAAGCUGCAAAAGGAGAAAAGGAUUAGAGAUAAAUUUUUCCAUCAAAAUCAUGGACUACUAUUGCAGCAGUUGAUAUCACAUAAUGCAGACAUUGGAGAAAGAAUGAUUAUUACCCUAAGAGAUCUAGAGAAGGCUACAAACAAUUUUGAUCGAGCACGUGUGAUUGGUGGAGGAGGGCAUGGCCUUGUGUUCAAAGGAAUUAUAGAUCUAAACGUCGUGGCAAUCAAGAAACCAAAAAUUAUAGUACAGAGAGAAAUCGAUGAAUUCAUAAAUGAAGUUGUUGUCCUUUCACAAGUGAACCAUAGAAAUGUGGUGAAGCUAAUAGGAUGUUGCCUUGAGACAGAAGUCCCACUACUACUUUAUGAAUUCAUAUCUAACGGAACCCUUUAUCAUCAUCUCCAUGUUGAAGGACCGAUAUCACUACCAUGGGCUGUCAGAACAAGGAUCGCACUGGAAGUUGUUAGAGCUCUAUCCUACCUACAUUCAGCUGCUUCGAUGCCUAUAUUUCAUAGAGAUAUUAAGUCCACUAACAUACUUCUCGAUGACAAUUUAAUAGCAAAAGUGUCAGACUUUGGAGCUUCAAGAUACAUCCCAAUUGAUCAAACAGAAGUAACUACGGAGGUUCAAGGAACAAGGGGUUACCUAGAUCCCAUGUACUAUUAUACAGGUCGACUAACAGACAAGAGCGAUGUCUUCAGUUUUGGUGUGCUGCUUAUCGAAUUGCUAACUAGGAAGCGACCAUUUUCCUAUCGGUCUGAACAUGGUGACAACCUUGUUUCACAUUUCAUAAAACUUCUACAGAUAGGUAACCUUGUUGGCCUGAUAGAUCCUCAAGUCAUAGAAGAGGAAGAUGGAGAAGUCCAAGAUGUAGCUGCAUUAGCAGCAAUGUGUACUAAUAUGAGGGGAGAAGACCGGCCUACAAUGAGAGAAGUGGAAACGAUGCUUGAAAGUAUACUGGUUAAGAAGAAGCAGGUUCCAAGCAUUGCAACAGCGAGAAGGCAGCAUGACGAGGAGGAUAGAGCUCAGGUUCACUACAUGUCAAUUGAACUAGUUACUAACACGGUAGGCGGUCACCGCACCGUGCAAGACAUGAACACUAGAGAAGCAAGCAGGCAAUACACUAUGGAAGAGGAGAUAUUGUUGUCGGCAAGCUACCCUCGAUGAACUUGCAUUGUGCUUUCAUUCAUGAACAACGAUGAAAUUCCUUCCUGCUUCUUGCGUAAAAUCCUUUGGUAGAUGAAUUUGGUUAUUUUCAUGAAUGUUGUAACGGGGGCAGUAUAUAUCCCGCAAAGUGUUUGCUUUGAAAGUAAAUUAUUCUUAUUUUGUUUUUGUGUUUUUUGUAUUAAUAAGGACCACCAAGUUAAAACAGAGCAGUGGAUGUGUGUCUGUAUUAUAUAUAUUCCUUACUACUAGUAGUUGUUUUCUCCGGUC